AUGGAGCUGCUAGACAGGCCCGGGGGGGGGGGGGGGGGGCGGGGCCGCGGCGGCGGCGGCGGGAUGUUGGCGACGGGGACGGAGAGUCUGCUCCGCCAGGCCAGGGAGGUCGGGGCCGAGGAGCUAGGCAGGCUCUGUGCCCGCGUCAGCGUGCUGCUGCAGGCGGAGGACUGGGGCCCUGACACGCUGGACGCCCUGCGGAGGCUCUUCCUCAUCGUGGCGGCCACCAAGUAUAGCAGGAGGCUGGAGCCCGCGUGCGUGGCGCUGCUGCAGACCGCCCUCCGCUCGCCCUGCUGCCCCGAGCGGCUCCAGCUGCUGUGUGCCGCCGUGCUGAGAGAGAUGGCGCCCUCCGACAGCCUGAGCCUGUCCUGCGGCCAAGCGCAGAGCUCGUGGCAGCUGGGCCUGGUGGCCUCCGUGCUCUUGGCCCAGGGCGACCCGCAGCAGGUCAGGACCAUGGGCCAGCGUGUCAUCAAGGUCCUGCUGGAGAGUCGGCAGCCUGAGGGGCACAGCCUGACGCACCUCCUCCCGGUCGUGUCCAAAGUGGCCAGCCUGGCCCCGGAUGCCUUUCCUGAAGGUCAGCACACUCCUGUCAGCAGGGGGCUGGGUCCCAGGAAGCCCCGCACACUUAACUCCAUCCCCAUGGUGUCCCCCGCAGAGCAGACCAAGGCGCUCAGCAAGCGGCUGGGGGACUGGCUCCGCUACGCCAGCGUCCAGCAAGGGGCGGCCCAUGCCUCCGGGGGCUUCUUCUCCACGCCCAGAGCCCGGCAGCCGGGCCCUGUCACUGAGGUGGACGGGACCGUGGCCACGGACUUCUUCACAGUGCUGUCCACGGGCCAGCGCUUCACAGAGGACCAGCGGCUGAACGUGCAGGCCUUCUCCAUGCUGCGGGCCUGGCUGCUGCAGGCGAGCCCCGCACACCCCAGCGCCACAGAUGCAGACGACAGGUCGGAGCUGGAGGGCUCCACCGUGUCCGUGCUCUCGGCCGCCUCCACCGCCAGCCACCUGCUGCCGCCCGCCGAGUGGCUGCGGGAGAAGGCCCUGGAGUACUGCCAGCGCCUGCUGGAGCAGAGCGGCCGGCGAGCCCUGAGGAAGGCCGACUGGGACCUGCAGAAGGCGUGCCUGGCCGAGGCCGUGCUGCUGCUGGACCUGCUCUGCCAGCGGGACCCCGCCUUCCUGUACCGCGCCCUCCCGUGCCUGCGCGCCCUGCGGGCCCGGCUCCACGGCGGCCCAGCCUGCGCCCGCGCACUGCUGCCCAUCGCCCGCUUCUUCCUGCGGCACGGGGAGGCCGCCGCCGUGGACGCCGAUGCUGUCUACCAGGACCUCUUCACCAGGAUCCCGUCGGAACACUUCCACAGCCCGAUGCUGGCCUUCGAGUUCAUCCAGUUCUGCAGGGACCCCCUCCUGCUGCUCGGCAGCAACCUGGACCUUCUCAAAACCAGCUUCCCCAACCUCUUCAAGUUUCUGGCCUGGAGCAGUCCGGCGCUCACCUCCGAGUUUGUGGCACUCCUGCCGGCGCUGGUCGACGCAGAGACGGCCGUGGAGAUGCUCCACCUGCUGCUGGACCUGCCGAGCCUGACCGCGGCCUUGGACCUGCAGCUCCGGUCGUCGCAGGCUGCGUCUGAGAGGCCGCUCUGGGACAUCUCUGUGAGAGCCCCCGGCUGCCUGGAGGCCUUGCGGGACCCCCAGGCUCAGGGCCUCUUCCAGCACCUGCUGCGUGCCAAGGCCAGUGGGACCACAGAAAGGUUGACGCCGCUCCACCAGCUGCUGCAGCCCCUGGCCAGCUGCGCCCGGGUAGUCCAGUGUGCCCAGGCCGUGCCCACCCUACUCCGAGCGUUCUUCGCGGCAGUGACGCAGUUCGCCGAUGGGGCCCUGGCCAGCCGCCUGGCGCUGCUGCUCCUGGAGAGAAGUGAUGCGCUUUUCCAGGUUGAGGGGUAUGAAGCUGACCUGCACAGGGUGCUGAGCUCCCAGUUCCCGGCCCUGUGCAAGCUGCACCCCCCGCUGGUGGUCGAGCAGGCCAAAGAGCUGCUGGAGUUCGUGGGCAGUCUGGGGGGGUCCUCUGGCACCGGGUACAUGCUCACGUCUGUGGUGUGGGCCAUCGGCGAGUACCUCUCGGUGUCCUGGGACCGGCGCUGCACCGCAGAGCAGAUCAACAGGUUCUUCGAAGCUCUGGAGGCCCUGCUUUUCGAGGUCACGCAGUCUCGGCCCUCCGCCGCCCUUCCCAAGUGUCCUCUGCAGGUCAUCACCGUGCUCAUGACCACGCUGACCAAGUUGGCCUCCCGGAGCCAAGACCUGAUCCCCAGGGUCUCCCUGCUCCUGUCCAAGAUGAGGACGCUGGCCCAGAGCCCAGCCGCGGGCCCCAUGCACAGCGAAGGUGACCUGGGAGCUGUCCGCACACGGGCCACUGAGCUGCUCAACCUGCUCAAGAUGCCCAGCGUGGCCCAGUUUGUGCUCACGCCCAGCGUGGAGGUGUCCCAGCCCCGCUAUCACCGCGACUCCAACACAGCCCUGCCCCUGGCCCUGGACAUGGUCAGCCGGCUGCUGGAGCGGGAGGCGAGCCUCCUGCCAGGGUGA